AUGCUGCGCGCUCUUAUCCACUCAGCGUACACAUUGUUAACCCUCUCAGUGCUCUACCUGUUAGAGAUAUGGGGUCGGCUUCUUCAUUCUUUUUAUACCGCAGACAUCUGUGCGCCAAAUACGCCCGAGUUCAACAUUCCAAAGAUCAAAAAUUCAGGGAAAGGAACCUUUAACACUCAAAACUUUCCAGACGCUACCGAAGACCAAGUCAACGAAGCAAAACGAACGUUUAUCGAGUCACUCGACUUACAUGCGAUCUGCGAUCUAGCAUCUCGAUAUAAUAAUGGCAAAAGCUGCAGGGUUGUGAGCAAGAAAAAUGGUAGCUUCAAUGUUUGCUUCUUUGUCGAGUUCGAUCAUGACGGGUCCAAGUGGACUGUUAGGAUCCCAAUCGAAGCUGCUCAGAACAGUGCGUGGGAGAAACUAGAGAGUGAAGUAGCUACUAUACGAUACCUCGAGCGCAACACCAAGAUCCCCGUUCCCCAUGUUCGUGCUUAUGGGCGUGAUGCCAAGUUAUCCGGAGCUGGCUUGGGAACACAGAUGUAUCUCAUCACGGAUUUUAUUCCUGGCGAACCUUUAGACAAGAAGCUUUUAAUAAAAACCGAAGAGAAGCAUCGACUGAAUUUCUACUCCCAGCUCAUCGACAUCUUGGCUGAGCUCAGAAAACUCGAAUUCCCCUUAAUAGGGUCCCUUAUUCCAACAUCCGAAGGCAGCCAGGGCCCUGUUCUAGGACCUGUUAUCUCUAUGACUGCUACAACGCUUCAGCUCCCGCCAACAACAGUAUUCACCUCCGCCAGGCAGUACAUGAAAUACCAAUUCAGUCUUGUAUCAGCCCUUUUUUUACCGCCAGUGGCCGAUCAUACGAUCAAUGAGGUCAAAAAGGAGGUCUUCGCGCUACACGGCAUAAUGCCCCUUUUUGAUCAAUUCAUUGAUCCGGACCUUGACUAUGGGCCUUUUGUGCUGAGCCACUUGGACUUACGGAGUUGUAACAUCAUUGUAGACAAAAGUCUCCAGAUUCAGGGCAUCAUUGAUUGGGAGUUUACGAGUACUAUUCCACUACAACUUUUCACUCCACCAUCGUGGAUAACUGGACACGAUCUGGUCGAGACAAAUAAGCAGAUGCACGUUGAGUUCUACGGCAUUCUCCUUGAGAAGAGCAAGACGAGCGACCUCUGUGAACAGCUCAGAAGGGAAUGGUAUGAUAAAGUGGACGCUGUCAAGUCUGAAAUCUGCCAAACGGACGUAGCGUUUUAUUUUGCUCAUAUACUACGCCGUCCUACCGACACCACUGACAUCUAUUGCGAUUUCUUUGCUCAGAAGGACUCUGACAAGCAUCUGGACGAUAUAAUAUCUGAUUUCUUUAGCAAACACCUAACGCUUGCGUCAGAGGUACAACAUCGGGCGAAACAGUGUGAGCGCUAUACCCUAUACUUGAAGGAGCAUGGGCUGUAUGAGACUGAGGAGGACAGGUUGCUUGCCCAGUCCAAAGCUUUGAAAGACAAAUGGGGCUGGUCAUAG